AGUAGCUCGCAAGCUGAAAAAGUGUGGACACCCCUGCUCUACACUUUCGUGCAUGGCGGAGUUCCGUCCCGAUGCGCGCUCACAGACACGUGCGCGCACACACAGGUGAGCACCAGCGGACAGAGCGCGCGUCAGAAAAUAUGUAGCGUCAGCCACCUGAAAAGCAGAGAAAAAUAUCUGCGUUUUUUAAACGCUCCCAGGGUGAUAAAGACGUUUCACAAUGGAAUUUUCUGCUUUAAACUAUCACCAUUUUAUACUAUCAGCUAUCGUUUUUAAAGCCUAACAGUUAACAUAUUUUUAGCUCGAGCCAAACAUCCGCAAUAGGCUGCCAGGAGACCAUCUUGUAGCUUGUGUAGCCAAGUGGGGAAUAUUGAUCCCUUUGUCCUAUUGGUUCCCCUGUGUUUCGGGUGGGGCUUAGCGCUAUAUAGAGGGUGGAUUCGGUUAGGUAUGGUGCUGACGCAGUUCCUGUUGCUGGCGGUGGAAGUAGCAGCUGUACUACUAUUUGUAAAGCUGCAGCAUUAGAAGCUCCUUUGGAAAAGGUAAGAGAAACACAAGACAUUCAUGGCAUGGAUCGGGAAGUUCCUGUUUGGCUGGACCGGAAUAGGAGAGGACAAUAAGCAGGUCCUCUUGGAUGAACCAUGGAGGGAUGUUGUGUGGAAUGACAGCACAAGAGCCAGACUCAAACAAUCCCUGCUGGAUUACAAGCCCCCUAUUGAUUCAGUGCCUCAGGCUCGGAUUCUUCUAGUUGGUGCUGUUGGAGCUGGAAAAUCUAGCUUCUUCAACUCGAUCAACUCAGUCAUACGUGGCAACAUAACAAGCCAAGCUGUCGCAGGAGAAAAAGUGACGACCAGGACCACUGAGUAUCGCACUUACCAAGUGAAGGCAGGCCGAGUUGGACAGCCUCUCUCAUUCCUCCUGUGUGACACCAUGGGACUGGAAGCCAGUGAAGGUGCUGGGGUGAACAUUAAAGAUAUUGACAACAUCCUGAAGGGCUGUAUACCGAACAAGCACUGUGAGUGUGACCCUUCAGCACUUAAAGACAGGAUCCACUGUGUGGUGUAUGUGAUAGACUCCUCCAAAUUCCCAGUGAUGCCUCCACAAACAAAGAGGAAACUUCAAGAGAUCCAACAGAAAUUUGAAUCCUAUGGUAUGCCUCUAGUGGUGCUACUGACCAAAGUGGACAAAGCAUGUCCAAUGUUGGAAAAGGACUUGAAGAAAGUGUACCACAGCUGCUACAUAAAGGAGCUGAUCCACAGAGCGAGUGACUGUCUGGGCAUCCCAGUCACAAAUGUACUUCCAGUGAAGAAUUACUCCAGUGAGCUUGAGCUGAAUCUCUGCUGUGACAUCCUGCUCCUCACUGCCAUGCAGAAGAUGCUCCACUUUGCUGACAAUCAUUUUGACAAUUUCGAUGAGGGCACAGAGUAAAGAUACACCGUGAAUUUUUCAUAUUUGGGGGAAAUGCUCUUUCCUCGCCCUGAUGGUGUCACACAUACGACCAUAUUUGGGUAUUUGGGGGAAAUGCUCUCUCCUCGCUCUGAUGGUGUCACACAUAUGACCAUAUUUUUGUGUCUCACACCCCACAUUAGAUCCCUACUUACUGCAUGAUAGAAAAAGGCUACUAUAGCUCUUUACCUUUCCUUACACACAAGCCUUUUAAUGACUUGGGUUGAAAUUUUUCUUUUUACUCUAGACAUGAUUAAUAUGUGCCUAAUGCCAAUAUAAAAUCAGAUACACAGCGGGACCUUACACUAAACCAACAUAAGCUAAUUUAAUGAAAGAGGACCUGACGAUGCCGGCAUGGGUCCGUAUCUUUCUCAGUCUUAACCAUAGUUUGCUUCAGUGUCCUACAUCUGUAUUCUAAGUUUGCAUAAGUGAGUCUGUCAUGCAGUUAUAUUACUUUACUGUAGGUUUUAAAAUGAUCAGCUAAAAUGAUUUCAGCUUGAAGGUCUUCAUCAUAGGAGGUUUUAAUCGUUGCUGUAGGAUGCAUCACAUCAAUGUUCUUGAGAAGAUCUUUUUCAAAGUGCUUAGCUUGCUGGCUUAAAUGUACCUUUGCUCUUCUACUUGGACUUCUGACUGAUUAGGGGUUUAAAAUCACUGUCAUCUUAUGCAAUAUGUCAGGUAAUCAAACUGCCAACUUAUAUUAUUUGCCACAGAGAUGGUAUGAAAACCAAAGACCUUCUGAUAAAGGUAAAAGCUGUAGAUCUACACUGAAAAAAUGCUGCGUAGAAUUUAUUUAAAUCCUUGUAAGUUUUUCCAUAAGCAUUAUAUAAGUAAGUUUAACUACAGCAGUCUUGAGUAGAAGUUACCUAAUAAUAAGCCUUAAAAAUGUUAAAUAUAAGGAAAUUUAACAAUUACCUUCUUA